UUUCAUCUCAUUUAUCAUCAUCCUUCAAGAACACAAAGCUAGACAGAAAAAAAAAAAAUGUGUUCCUCAAAAUUAAAAAACCUGACCCAAGAAAACAUUUCCCAGAUCAACGGUCGUCCGGUUCUUCAACCGAAAUCGAACCAAGUUCCAACAUUAGACCGACGUAACUCUCUCAAGAAAUCUCCUCCUAAGCCUUUGAAUCCUAUUGCAGCAUCAAAGAUACACUCACCAAGACCAAUUUCUCUAAACUCUCCUCCUUUAUCUCCCAAUUCAAAAUCCUUAAGAAAACCGGCCGGUUCUUGCAAGGAGCUACUUAGGUCUAGCUCUGUAAAAUCAAAACCAGUGAAAUCACCAGAGAAUAGUGAUGGUGGCUACAAAGAGGUUGUCUUAAUGGUGAUUGUUGAGAAACAGCCUGGAAGUAUAGCAGCUGCAAGAAGAGAAGAGGUUGCAAUGAAACAAGAAGAGAGAAAGAAGAAAAUUUCUCAUUACGGUAGAAUCAAAUCCGUAAAAUCAAACGAAAAGAACUUAAAUGUUGAGCAUGAAAAGAAGAAGAGGUGCAGUUUCAUCACUACAAGUUCAGAUCCAAUAUAUGUCGAUUACCAUGACAAAGAAUGGGGAGUUCCAGUUCAUGAUGACAAGCUACUAUUUGAGCUUCUGGUGUUAACCGGAGCUCAGGUCGGAUCAGAUUGGACUUCGGUUUUGAAGAGAAGAAACACUUUUAGAGAGGCUUUCUCUGGUUUCGAAGCAGAGUUGGUCGCAGACUUCAACGAGAAGAAGAUACAAUCAAUAGUCAACGACUAUGGCAUUAACCUUAGCCAAGUCCUUGCAAUUGUUGACAACUCUAAACAAAUUCUCAAGGUGAAAAGAGAUUUUGGGUCAUUCAACAAAUACAUUUGGGGGUUUAUGAAACACAAACCGGUCACCACAAAAUACACAUCUUGCCAAAAGAUACCGGUUAAGACAUCGAAAUCAGAGACUAUAAGCAAAGACAUGGUUCGUCGUGGGUUUAGAUUCGUUGGUCCGACGGUUAUACAUUCGUUAAUGCAAGCCGCCGGUUUAACCAACGACCACUUGAUCACAUGUCCGAGGCAUCUCGAGUGUACGGGCAUGGCGGCUUUAUAGGCAAAAAGAUUAUUGUUGUUGUUGUCACAUUGGCUUUAAUUUAUAUGUAAAUAAAUAAUAUUUAUGUGU